AUGGCCGCCCCGGACCAGAAGUCGCCCAACGUCCUGCUGCAGAGCCUCUGCUGCCGCAUCCUGGGCAAGAGCGAAGCCGACGCAGCUCAGCAGUUCCAGUAUGCGGUGCGCGUCAUCGGUAGCAACUUCGCCCCGACCGUUGAGAGAGACGAAUUCCUCGUAGCUGAAAAAAUCAAGAAAGAACUUGUGCGGCAGAGAAGGGAAGCAGAUGCGGUGUUGUUUUCCGAGCUCCACAGAAAGCUCCACUCGCAGGGAGUUUUGAAAAACAAAUGGUCAAUACUCUACCUCCUGCUCAGCCUUAGCGAAGAUCCACGUAAGCAACCAAACAAGGUUUCCAGCUUUGCCACCCUGUUCGCUCAAGCGUUACCAAGAGAUGCUCAUUCAACGCCAAUCUACUACGCCAGGCCUCAGACCCUCCCCUUGAAUUACCAGGAUCGAAACCCUCAGUCUGCCCCGAAUUCCGGCAGCAGCGGGAUCAGCAGCAUAAGCAUGUAUGCCCUCAACGGCCCGACGCCGACACCACAGUCUCUUCUUCCGGGGCAGUCCUGUCAAGCUCCGGGCGUAGGAGACUGUCUUCGGCUUCAGCUGGGUACUCGUCUUGCGUGGACUUUGCCUGCAAAUCAGCCUUCUUUACAAACCUCUACCUCAAAAGGCCUUCCAAAUACCCUUUCUCGAAAUUUACCCCGCUCCAGAAGAGAAGGAGAAACAGGUGCAGUGGAGAUAACCGAAGCGUCCCUUGUAAGAGAUAUUUUAUACGUCUUCCAGGGGAUAGACGGCAAGAGCAUCAAAAUGUGCAAUUCAGAAAAUUGCUACAAAGUGCAAGCAAAGGCAAGCCUGACCAGAUCUCUGAGGGAUACGACCAUCAGGCUGGUGGAACUAGGAUGGCUGCAUAAUAAAAUCCGCAAGUACACAGACCAGAGGAGCUUAGACCGGGCCUUCGGACUUGUUGGACAGAGUUUUUGCGCUGCCUUACACCAAGAACUCAAAGAGUACUAUAGGCUGCUCUCUGUUUUGCACUCUCAGCUACAGCUUGAGGACGACCAGGGUGUCCAUCUGGGACUCGAAAGUAGCUUAACCCUCCGCCGUCUCCUAGUCUGGACUUACGACCCCAAGAUAAGGCUGAAAACACUGGCAGCACUGGUUGAUCACUGUCAAGGAAGGAAAGGGGGUGAAUUGGCAUCAGCUGUGCACGCUUACACUAAGACAGGGGAUCCAUAUAUGAGAUCCUUAGUGCAAAACAUCCUCGGCCUUGUGGCUCAUCCCGUUCUGAAUUUCCUUUACCGUUGGAUAUACGAUGGGGAGUUGGAAGACACGUACCAUGAAUUCUUUGUAGCGUCGGAUCCCACGGUUAAAAUCGACCGACUGUGGCACGACAAAUACACUCUGAGGAAAUCAAUGAUCCCGUCCUUCAUUACCACGGAUCAGUCCAGAAAGGUCCUCCUGAUAGGGAAAUCGAUUAAUUUCUUGCACCAGGUGUGUCACGACCAGACCCCCACAGCCAAGAUGAUAGCCGUCACAAAACCUGCGGAGUCUCCCAAAGACGCCGCAGACUUAUUCACAGAUUUGGAAAAUGCAUUUCAGGGAAAAAUUGAUGAAGCUUAUUUUGAGACGAGCAAGUACCUCUUGGAUGUUCUCAAUAAAAAGUAUAAUUUACUGGAUCAUAUGCAGGCAAUGAGGCGAUACUUGCUCUUGGGCCAAGGAGAUUUUAUACGGCACUUAAUGGACCUGCUUAAGCCCGAACUGGCCCGGCCAGCGACCACCCUGUACCAGCAUAACCUGACGGGAAUCCUGGAAACAGCCGUCAGGGCCACCAACGCCCAGUUUGACAGCCCGGAGAUCCUCAAGCGGCUGGACGUUAGACUUCUGGAGGUAUCUCCGGGAGACACUGGAUGGGACGUCUUCAGCCUAGACUAUCACGUUGAUGGGCCGAUUGCAACCGUUUUUACCCGAGAAUGCAUGAGCCACUACCUGAGGGUUUUCAACUUCCUGUGGAGGGCCAAGAGGAUGGAGUACAUUCUCACCGAUAUUUGGAAAGGACACAUGUGUAACGCCAAGCUCCUGAAAAAUAUGCCCGAGUUCUCCGGGGUCCUGCAUCAGUGUCACGUUCUGGCAUCCGAAAUGGUCCAUUUCAUUCAUCAAAUGCAGUAUUACAUUACAUUCGAGGUGCUGGAAUGUUCUUGGGAUGAACUGUGGAACAAAGUCCAGCAGGCCCAGGAUUUAGAUCACAUCAUCGCGGCCCAUGAGGUCUUCUUAGACACCAUCAUCUCUCGCUGCCUGUUGGACAGUGACUCCAGGGCACUUUUAAACCAACUCCGCGCUGUCUUCGAUCAAAUCAUCGAGCUGCAGAAUGCGCAGGACGCAAUGUACCGAGCUGCUUUGGAGGAGCUGCAGCGGAGGCUGCAGUUUGAGGAGAAGAAACAGCAGAACGAACUGGAGGGUCACUGGGGAGUCACAGCAGCCGAGGAAGAAGAGGAGAACAGGAGGAUUUGUGAAUUUCAGGACUCCAUACCAAAAAUGUGCUCGCAGCUGCGAAUAUUGACACAUUUCUACCAGGGCAUCGUGCAGCAGUUUCUGGUCCUGCUGACGACAAGUUCGGACGAGAGCCUCAGGUUCCUCAGUUUCCGCCUGGACUUCAACGAACAUUACAAAGCCCGGGAGCCCAGGCUGCGGGUGUCCCUGGGUACCAGAGGUCGCCGCAGCUCGCACACGUAGAGCCAGGGCCACCGGCCCAUCACCCCGGGAGCCGGCCAGGGCGUCGAACCCGGUGUCAACGCCCGCGGACUGACACCCACCGGACCCGCAGAUCAGCACGAUCUCCUUCCUCCCGAGCGCGCCACACCGCUUGGGCCAAUCUGGUAGACGUUUUCCAAGCUCUCGUUUUCUACAUCAGAGUUUGAAUGGGUUUCCCACAUUACUGAGUUCAGUGGAUGGGUUUGCACUUAAUUCUGGCUUGGUUAUAAAUCCCAGUCAUUCAUUUGUACCCAACACCGUACUUCGUCGAGGGCUUUUGUAAGUCUUCCGUGCUGUGAAGGUCUAUUCGUCACUUAUAAGCGAAAUCACGUUUCCUUCUGGAGAACCUUGCGGCGGGGCGGGAUAAGGGAUUGUUUCGAGGGCGGGAUCAUCGGCUUCUCACAUUUAACACCCCAAAGUGGGUUUUUUUUUGGUUAACCUCCAAGAACCAAACCCAGACAGCGUCCUACAAAGAAAAUAUAUAGAGCAUUUUUGUAGACUGAUUUUUUUUUCAGCGUGGUUAGCUCUGCCCGUGCGAGAGACUUUGUCUUGCGAUCCAUUAACUCAGAGUACAUUUUGGGUUUCCUUGCUGUUCAAAGUCGCUAUUUUUCUAUUUGCUUUUAUCAUUCCAAACGACUUCUCAAACUGGUAGCUCCCGGUAGCUAGGAGUGGCACAUUUCCAACACAUCCUUUAACCUGGCAAAGUUAAAAAAAAAAAAAAAAAAAAAAGCUCAAAACCGUCCGUUAAAGCGAUGUGUAAAUAUGGGUAGGAGUGAAUGAAGUAUUUUACGUGCAAAGCUCUGAUGUGUAUUAGAAAGAACUUGACUUGAAUAAUGAAGAUUUCCCUUUACCCUGCCUAUUUUUCCAUUGUAAAUAUUUAUAUAUUGCUGUCCAGGUGAUAGGGGAAAGUUUUUUUUGUAAAGAUGUCAUUAUAGCAGAUCACUUACGUCUCCAUUUAUUAUGUUCUACAAGUAAAAACGUAGAAAUAUUAAAACAUACCUAUCUUUUGAAUAUA